AUGUCGAAGUUUCAGGCUUCCGAACAAGAAGAUGUUUCGUUUGGACAGGACAUUCAAAGAGAUCAACAACUUCUCACGGAACGGGCCAGUCAAGUUAGUUUAUUUUGAGGUUUGGGCGGGGGGGAGGAACAAAACUAACAGGUGAGAUUUGAACUUCAUUGAAAAAUAUUGGGUAAAGUUUUUAAUGCAUAAUUACUGAAGGAAAGUUGUUUAUAAAUUACUAUGUUUGAAUCAUUAAAAGAAGCUUUGAAUUACACUUGAACCUAUAGGAUCAGCUUCCAGAUUUUAUUGAAAAACAUAUUUUUCAUAAGUAGAAAGAUUUUUUUCUAUUCCUGAUUAUCUGGGUCACGUGAAAUUCUGAUAAAUAUAUAUUCAUCAAAAAUGCCUAAUUUCUUAUCUACACGCGUGGUGUAGUGGGGAAGAGCUCUGUCUUCUAUUCAACCCGCCUUUUUUUGUGGGUUCGAGUCCCACUGCUCGCUGUUUUGUCCCUAUAUCCGGUAACGCAUAUUUUCGGAAAAAAUAUUUCUAUACAAAUUGUACAAUGGCCGAUUUUAUUGAAUGAUAGAUUAGAAAACAUAUUUUCAGAUGUAUUUUUGGUUACCAAUUCAUUUUAUGGUCACACUGCUUGGUGUUUCGACUUUAUUACUUUAUUUUAGAAUUGUAGUUUGCACAAAGAUUCUUGAUGUUUAUUGCAGGUACAUAAAAUUUAUAGCUAGGAUUUAACACAAUGUAAAAUUCAGAUUUUCUCUUUUCCUGAUGUCUUUCGGAAAAUUAUUGGUGUUAAUUUCAUAUUCAGGGAUUCUAGGAUUGUGCACAUUUUAUGAUUUGGAAUCUGAAUCUGAAGAAUGUUCAGAGUAUCGUGCGUGUCUUUUGUGACUUUAAAAAUAUAGUCAAUGUGUUUUAUUUUUAGCUUUACAUACGUUCUUUGCAGUUUUACAUUCAAUGGGAGAAUAUUUGAAUGUUGGACCAUUCUUUGUUCUUGUUCUAGAUCGUCUCUUUUCAAUUUUGAAUAUAAAUCAUCAUAAUUCAGAGAGUUACUCACAGUUUUAUACAGUUCUAAUGAGUUCUAAUAUUUUUUUGAUAUUUAUUUAUGUUUACGCAAUUGUUAUGGCAUCAGCUAAAAUAUUCACUCUUGCUGCGAUUAUAAUCAUAUUUUUUGUAUUUUUCAUUUCACUUGGAGUAAGUGUCUUUUUAUUCAAGGAAUCACAUUCAAUUUUCAGCUUGUUGUGUAUUUAUUUCAUAUUUCUGAAAAUAUAUACUAUAGCACACAAGGAAAACUUUCUCUUGAUAAACGUUUCCGACUUUCUCAAUCUCACGAACUCAGCAAAAGUCUAUUACCUCCAGUUAUUUUUGGAUGCAUUGUCAAACUAAUUCUAAUUUUUUCUAUUUUUCUUGUUUAUGCAGAAAUUGUUCAAUUUUCAAAUCCUGAUACAUUUUAUCAAAUUUGGAAUCUUUGCCUGAAUAUUGAUUGCAUUAUUUUGCCAAUAAUGUUUUUAUAUUUGCACAAAGCAUUUCGAAAAAAAGUAUGUUAUUAAGCGGGGAGCAAUUAUAUUUGAGAUAAUUAUAGAUUCGAAGUAUGUUGAUGAUAAGUGGAAGAGGAAAAGUUCAAAGAUAUUCGAACAUUGAGUGGAAUGAGAAUGGAUGUGUCACAAAAUCAGAUACAAUAUUUUGA